AUGGUUAACAAUACAAACAAAGAGAAAGGCGUAACACCCAGUGCACCCACUAACCCUAAUCAGUUUCCCCUUUCCCCUUUCCAAGUGCAUUCAGCAGCCAUUCACCCACCAUUGCCACCAAGCUCCAGAUUUGAGAAACCACCGAGCCACCCACAGCCAUCCACAGCAGCCGCGACCACCACCGCGUUCUGCUUCUACCUGAGCCCGCCUCCUCGUCGCCAAAAGUCGCCGACACCGCGUCUUCACUCGCCGCCGGCAGAGGUGUGCGUGCUCUGGGUCACAAAGGGUGUUGAACAGAACUUUGGAAAGGAGAUUAAGGAAAUGAUGAGUGGGCACUCGAAAGAGAAGGUUAUAGUUCAUGACACUGCUGUGCUUGGCAGGCCGAACGUGUCUGAGAUGAGUGUCAAUGCUGCCAACAACUUUGGUGCUCAAGUCGUCAUUGUCACAAGCAAUCCUCAAGGAAGCAGAGAUGUUGUCAAUGCAUGCAAAGCUAAUGGAAUUGCAGCCUUUGGUCCCAUUUGGGAUUCCUAGUUCUUCCAUCU